AUGGGCUCAGCGUGCUGCAAGCAAGAAGAGGUCGAUUUUUCUCGAGAAGCCGAGUUAUCACAUUUCUAUCUGCUCAGAGUGAUUGGCAAGGGUGCAUUUGGAAAAGUUCGAAUUGUUCAGCACAAGAGCGAUUUGCUGGAAUAUGCGCUCAAAUAUAUCAGCAAAUCAAAGUGUAUUGAACUGCAUGCAACCAACAACAUAUUGACAGAACGUCGCAUCUUGGAGUCAAUUCAGUAUCCACUCGUUGUCAAUCUUCGCUAUGCAUUUCAUGAUGAUGAAAACCUAUUCAUGGUGCUGGAUCUUAUGCUGGGUGGUGAUUUGAGGUUUCAUUUGGAACGACUGGGACUAUUCAAUGAGCUCCAGGUGCGCUUUUAUAUUGCUGAUUUGAUCUUAUCCAUACAUCACAUACACCAACAUAUGAUUAUUCAUCGCGAUAUUAAACCAGAUAACGUUCUUCUCGAUGCUCAAGGCCAUGCUCAUCUCAGCGAUUUCAACAUUGCGACCCAGUUAUCUGAAAAGAAGCCAUACAAGAGCAACCGCGCUGGCAGCCUAGUCUACAUGGCGCCUGAGAUAUUGCUAGAAAAGCGAUAUACAACCGAUGUUGACUGGUGGAGCUUGGGUGUUACAAUGUUUGAACUUCUAUUUGGAAAACGACCGUUUGAUGGAGAUACCAACGAUCUAGUCAAGGAAUCCAUACUGAAUGAUCCGAUCGUGAUGCCAAAAGAUGUGCAGAUUUCAGCAGAGUGUCAGCAAGUGAUAGAAGGCCUGCUGACAAGGUCACCUAAACACCGUCUGGGUCAUGGUGCACAAGGCUUUGAGAAAUUAAUAUCCCAGGCCUGGUUUCAAGGUUUAGAUUGGGAAUCACUGGAAAACAAAACUGCUAUCCCGCCUUUUAUACCCAAUACAAAUCAAUCCAACUUUGAUGCUGUGCACGAACUAGAGGAACUGUUAUUCGAUGAUUCCCCCUUACGACCACACAAAAAGACCUCAGCGCAAAGUGGGAAAAUGAAGGAAUUGAUCGACAUGGAUUCGAAAUUCCUGCCGUAUGACUAUACAAAAUAUCAUCCCACUACUGCUACUAUACCAUCACCGUCAUCUUCUAAUCUAAUAAGACGUGUAGGCAGUGCGCUAAACGAUAAAAUGGAUCAGACGAAAUAUACAUCACAGGGUUACAUUGAAUUAUCCACAGCCGCUAAUACCACCACUACUACUACAUCUGCCUGCAAAAAUAAAAAGAGCACUGCUUGA